CCCAUGUCUCUCUCCUCUUUUAUUUACAUCAUCACUUUGGUGGUUCCUAUUUUCUCUCCACAUUCAACCCUUUCCUUCUCCUUCUCUUUCUCCUUCUUAUUCACCCACAUCUUUCCAUUUCCUCUUCUCUAAUCCAUUCUCAUUCCUUAUCAUCGCCUCCAUCUUUUCCGAUUGCUUUCUUCAAUUUCGGGUCCCAAUUCCAUUUCCCAUUUGCAUGCAAACCCAGAUCCCAUCUCCACUUUUCGAUUCUCCUUUUCCCCAUCAAAAAGUUGGAACGAACAGAUUUUCCCAUUUCUUCUACUACCCAAUUCCCCGAUUCCCCAAUUACGGAAAGGAUCUGAUGAUUACGAUGAUGCUCAUGUGGGAUCGAAACACUCUGUGUUGAGAUUUGGAGGGAGUGUCCCCAAACGGGAGGCACGGAACGGGGGUUCCUGACGGAUCGGUACGCAGAAAGUGGAGGGCGUUGGAGUUUGAAUCGGGCGGUUGGCCUGGAGUGCAUUCUAAGCAUUGUUAGGGCACUUCGGAUGGGGUCCUGCUUGUCUGCGGAGAGCAGGAGCCCCAUUCCUGGUUCCCCAACUUCUCCGGCGAAGCAUCAUCGGAGAAAGAACUGUUCCCGGAGGCGAUUUGGUUCGAGAAAUUCCUCGUUUGGGGAUCUCUCACUCCAUCGGAUCCCCGGUAGGCUCUUCGCCAAUGGCUUCACUGAGGUGGCGUCUCUGUUCACGCAGCAGGGUAAGAAAGGGACCAACCAGGAUGCCAUGAUUGUUUGGGAGAAUUUUGGCUCUAGAACUGAUACAAUCUUCUGUGGGGUUUUUGAUGGCCAUGGUCCUUAUGGUCAUAUGGUUGCGAAGAAAGUGAGGGAUUCUCUUCCUUUGAGGUUGAGUGCACAUUGGGAGGUUAACUUGACCACAGAUGAUGCUCAUAGAGAGAUCAGUCUUAAUAAUACAGGAAGUAUGAACUCGGAUGAAGCUACCUCCUUUUUAUCUGCUGAUGAAGAAUUUAGGGCCUCCAUUGAUGUUGAUGGAACAGAAAAGCAGCAACCUGAAAUUUUCCAUACUUUGAAGGAGUCAUUUCUUAAGGCUUUUAGAGUUAUGGAUUGGGAACUUAGAAUGCACCAAACUAUAGAUAGCUUCUGUAGUGGGACUACAGCAGUGACGAUUGUUAAACAGGGUCAGGAUCUUGUCAUUGGAAAUGUUGGGGACUCCCGAGCUGUUUUGGGUAUGAGAGAUAAAGAUGACUCUCUUGUUGCCAUUCAAUUGACUGUGGAUCUGAAGCCAAAUCUUCCAGCUGAAGCAGAGAGAAUCCGUAAGUGUAGAGGUCGUGUCUUUGCUCUCCAAGAUGAACCUGAUGUAGCUCGAGUUUGGCUUCCAAACAGCAACUCUCCUGGACUUGCCAUGGCACGGGCAUUUGGAGAUUUUUGCCUCAAAGACUUUGGUCUUAUCUCUGUACCUGAAAUAUCAUAUCGACGGCUCACUGAAAAAGACGAGUUCGUUGUUCUGGCUACAGAUGGAAUAUGGGAUGUGCUGUCAAACAAAGAGGUUGUAGAUAUUGUUGCAUCAGCUCCAAAACGUACAACCGCAGCUCGAACUCUGGUGGAAACUGCCGUAAAGGCAUGGAAACUUAAAUAUCCAACUUCCAAGAUUGACGACUGUGCUGUCAUUUGCCUCUUCCUUGACUCAAACUCUGGCAAUCUAUCAUCUGCUUCCAGUACCAAACUGGAAGAGCAACAAAGUUUAGCAGAUCAAGUCAGCACUGCAGUUGAGAAUGAAGAUUUGUCUGCCCCAAAUGGUCUGAAUCGUUCAGGAACUGUCCGAACCAGCAAUGAGAUUUUGCAAGAUGGAAGUGAAGAAGAUGAAGGGAAGGAGGAAGAACAAUCGGAAACUGGAAUAGAAUGGUCUGCCUUGGAAGGAGUGUCGCGCGUAAACACAUUGGUAACCCUGCCGAGAUUUGAUCCUGUGAAAGAAGAUAAGAAAGGCCGGAAGUAAAGAGAAGUGUAAAAGAUCCAUCAGUGCAGUGCCUUGUUUUGGUAAAAUGUUAUUAUCUUUCUUUUUUUCUUCUGUUAUUCUUUCUGUAGGAGAAGAAAAGUUAUAAAAAUUGAACUUGAGAGAGAUCGACCCAGCCUUAUUAGUGCGUCUGGGGAAUUGUCGACACUCUCGUAUUGAUAGAAAUCGAGUUUUGUAGAAUCUGAUCGGGACCGACUCGCCGUCCUUUAUUGUUAUCAUAAAUUUUCUUGUAUGAAUCGUUUGUUAUUUGUAAUGUUGAUAAUAAAUUUUGUGAUUGUAAAGCCCCUCUAGUCGGAUUCAA